UGUUGGUCAAACUGCAUGAAAACGUCCUGUCUGGGUGACUGAAUGGAUGCUGGGACGUCGUGCUGGCCUGAGGCGCCUCUGCUCUCGUCGGAGCAUCAUGUCCUGAAGUUCUGAGCUCCGCCGCUCCGUGAUUUCCCGCCGCCGCUGGUCAGGGUGCCAUGGCGAGCAGGAUGAAGCUGAAGCUCAAGACUGUGUUCGUGCUGUACUUCAUGGUGUCCCUGCUGGGCCUGGUGUAUGCUCUCAUGCAGCUGGGCCAGCGCUGUGACUGCACUGAACAUGACAUGCCAAAGGACCGGAUCAUCUCCCGGCUGCGUGGGGAGCUGCACCGUCUCCAGGAGCAGAUCAGGAAGUCGGAGGCGACAAAGCCACCUCCGAAGCUGCUUCCCAAGCCCUCUGUGCCCACCAUCUUCGUCAUAACUCCGACAUAUGCAAGGCUGGUGCAGAAGGCCGAGCUGACUCGCCUCUCCCAGACCUUCCUCCACGUGCCUCAGCUGCACUGGAUCGUGGUGGAGGACUCGCCACACAAAACGCCCCUGGUGACUGACCUGCUGAUGAAGAGCGGCCUCACCUACACCCACCUGCACAUGCCCACAGCCAAGGAUCGCAAACUACAGGAGGGCGACCCCAGCUGGUUGAAGCCCCGCGGCGUGGAGCAGAGAAACGAGGGACUGCGGUGGCUCCGAGAGGACCGGAGGGCUCAGCCGGGAGGAGACACCCAGCAGGGAGUGGUUUACUUCGCCGAUGACGACAACACGUACAGCCUGCAGAUAUUUGAAGAAAUGAGGAGCACUCAGCGAGUUUCAGUGUGGCCCGUGGGUCUGGUUGGAGGAAUGAAAUAUGAGAGGCCGGUGGUUGAAGGAGGGAAGGUGGUUCGCUUCCAUACCGGUUGGCGUCCCAGCCGUCCCUUCCCGAUGGACAUGGCGGGGUUUGCCGUGUCUCUCAAACUGGUCCUGGCCAAUCCAGACUCCUGCUUCGACGGCGAAGCGCCGAUGGGCUUCCUGGAAAGCAGCUUCCUUCAGGGCCUCGUCACCAUGAAUGAGCUGGAGCCCAAAGCGGACAACUGCUCCAAAGUGCUGGUGUGGCACACACGGACAGAAAAGCCGAAGAUGAAGAGGGAGGAGGCGCUGCAGGCUCAGGGACUGGGCUCAGACCCUGCUGUGGAGGUCUGAGCGACACACACCGCGUGAAGCAUACUCUGCUGUCUGAUGCUGCAUCUGCGUUGUAAAUACUGUAAAACAAACCAAUAUUUAAGAGGAGACGUUUAAACGAUCCCUGGUUCUGGCUGUUUUCUGUGUCAGGUGAUACAUGUGAGUGAGUGUGUUGUAAGUAGAAAUGUCUUUUACGUUUUCUUUUUUUUUUCCUGUACUGUCUUUUCUUUAGCGGUACAGCAGAUCAUGACCUGUUGGGGGCGCCAGUUUUAAAGUUUAUAGAGUCACGCUGUUACACUGCAGGUACAUUA